AUGGAAAAGAAGAAGAGAAGGUCCUCUCUAGCUCCUCUUUUAUCGCGAUCGUAUUUGUUUUGUUUUUCUCUCUCUGUCAAACAGUUUCCCUCUCCGAGUCCCAGUUUUUCUCGGUGUGCCCAAACACGCCCUUUGUCUGAAGCUCCUUUCAGCUGAGAUCUACCCUCUCUUUCUCUCAUGGCUUUUGCUUUUGCACUGAACAAGAACUGUUAAAACUACUGCAAAUGAAAGCAUUUGGAGAGGUUAAAGCCAGUGCUGUAUCCAACUCUAUUUUCUAUUCUGAUAAGCGCAUCUCAACCCAAAAGCCUCAUGAUGAACAACUUGACCAUUGAGACUGAGGAUUCUUUUGCAAGCUUGCUUGAGCUUGCAGCUAAUAACGAUGUUGAAGGUUUCAAGCGAAUGAUUGAGAGGGAUCCUUCCUGUGUAGAUGAGGUAGGACUAUGGUACAGUCGUCAAAAGGGAUCUAGGCGGAUGGUCAAUGAGCUCAGAACCCCAUUGAUGGUUGCUGCUACUUAUGGUAGCAUUGAUAUUCUGGAUCUGAUUCUCUCACUUUCUGGCUGUGAUAUUAAUAAACCUUGUGGCCUUGACAAGAGCACUGCCCUUCAUUGUGCUGCUUCGGGUGGGUCUGAAAAUGUUGUUGAUGUUGUUAUAUUGCUUCUAGCAGCGGGGGCUGAUCCAAAUUCUGUGGAUGGCAAUGGUCAUCGUCCAGUUGAUGUCAUUGUUGUUCCUCCCAAGCAUGAGUCUGUUAGAAACAAUCUUGAAGCACUUCUUCAAACUGAUGACUCCAUUGCAGUGUGUAAUCUCAGGGUGAUCACGGCUCCAUCAAAUGCAUAUUCUCCACCUUUGUCAACAUCAUCAGAGAAUGGGUCUCCUUCUGCACCAGAUUUCCAAUUGAAGUCAAAGUUAAAUGAUGGCUUCAUUUCUUCUGCAUCAGACAAGAAAGAAUAUCCUGUUGAUCCAUCCCUUCCUGACAUCAAGAAUAGCAUAUAUUCAACUGAUGAAUUCCGGAUGUAUUCUUUCAAAGUCCGACCUUGUUCACGUGCUUAUUCACAUGAUUGGACUGAAUGCCCUUUUGUUCAUCCAGGGGAGAAUGCUCGAAGAAGGGACCCAAGAAAGUACCACUACAGCUGUGUGCCUUGUCCUGAUUUUCGGAAGGGUGCUUGCCGACGUGGAGAUAUGUGUGAAUAUGCUCAUGGAGUUUUUGAGUGCUGGCUGCAUCCAGCACAAUAUCGAACUCGUCUUUGUAAGGAUGGGACAAGUUGCUCCAGAAGAGUUUGCUUUUUUGCUCACAUUGCCGAGGAGCUUCGGCCAUUAUAUGUUUCAACUGGUUCUGCUGUACCAUCUCCUCGCUCAAGCACAUCUGCUAUGGAUUUUGCUGCAGCCAUGAACAUGUUGCCUGGCUCUCCUUCCUCAAUGUCUGUCAUGUCUCCUUCACGGUUCACUCCGCCUAUGUCGCCCUCUGCCAAUGGCAUGUCACACCCUUCUGUUGCCUGGCCCCAACCAAAUGUCCCAGCCUUGCAUCUACCAGGGAGUAAUAUUUAUUCCAGUCGUUUGAGAUCUUCAUUCAAUGCUAGAGAUAUUCCUGUGGACGACUUUGACUUGUUGCCUGACUAUGAUGUUCAGCAACAGCUCCUUAAUGAGUUCUCUUGCCUCUCUAAACAGCCUAUGAAUUCUAAUGCUAUGAACCGCUCUGGUCGCAUUAAAACCCUGACCCCUUCAAAUCUUGAUGAUCUAUUUUCUUCUGAGAGUUCAUCUCCUCGGUUUGCUGAUCCUGCAUUGGCUUCAGCUGUUUUUUCUCCAACACAUAAAUCAGCUUUCCUUAAUCAAUUUCAGCAGCAGCAAAGCUUGCUGUCACCUGUGAACACAAACUUUUCUUCUAAAAAUGUUGAGAAUCCACUAUUGCAUGGUGCCUCUUUUGGGGGUCAAUCAUCAGGAAGGAUGUCUCCUCGAAAUGUGGAACCUAUUUCUCCAAUGAGCUCUCGGAUUUCUGUGCUAGUUCAGCAUGAGAAGCAGCAACAAUUCCGAAGCCUUAGCUCCAGGGAACUUGGCUCCAACUCUGCCACUGUUGCUGCUGCCGCUGCCGCCGCUGGUUCCCCUGCCAAUUCUUGGUCAAAAUGGGGAUCCUCCAAUGGUACGCUGGAUUGGGCUGUCAAUGCAGAUGAAUUAGGGAAGCUGCGUAGAUCAUCUUCAUUUGAGCACGGGAAUAACAGUGAGGAGCCUGAUUUCUCAUGGGUCCAGUCACUUGUUAAAGAAUCUCCAUCUGAGAUUAAGGAGAAUCCGACGAUGAUGACGACGACGACAACUAUCUCAAGCGUUGCAGCAGCUGGAUCCUCCAGUGAGGUUUCAAAUAUGAGCACACAAAUGGAUGCUGUUGAUCAUGCGGUGUUAGGAGCUUGGCUUGAACAAAUGCAGCUUGAUCAACUUGUGGCUCAGCAAAAUUAAAAUGAGUUUUGCAGACCCUGAGGUAGUCAGUCAGAAAAGUUUCACUAAAGAUUAGAAUGUUUAUUUGAAUUUUGAAGUUUUGUUUGUGUUGAUGGAAGAAGAUAAUAGUGACCAUGAAGGAAGUAGAAAGAGGAAAUUCACUUUCAAAUGUAGUGUUACAUGAGUAGCUUAGGAAGCUCACAAAACCACUGGGUGGCUUGCCCAUAGUUUCAAACUAUAGCUUCACAUUCCAGUCCUUGCAUAAUGAGUAAAUGUUCUGUUUUUCUUCCUUUUUUCAUUUUCGGGUAGAAAAAUUACAAGGGUCAUUAUUGGAGUUAUAAUUUCCUUGAGACUCCGUAUUGGUCCAGUUUUGGGGAUGAAAAUACAGGAUGUUGGAUAUGAUAUUUAUCAUGUACUUUGGAAUAAAUAAGUGGAAAUGUAAGGUAGUGGGUAAGACCAGGGAUAUUGGAAGGUUGAUACUUAAGUUAUGUAACAUUCAAUUAAAGUUUGUUGCCGUAUUAUCCUAAAUUCCUAAUGUUUUUUCCCCCUUUUAAUCCAAGUUGAUCCAUUACCUUUC